AUGCGUUCCUUCCAGGCCGUCAUUGUCUUCCUCUUCGCGCUCGUCGCCAGCGUCUUCGCUGCUGAGGCCGAGUUUUACGACGCUACCGUCUACAUCACGUCGACCGUCUACCGCGUCAACACGGUCACCAUGUCUGGCUCCCCCUCCGGCUCUGUCGCCAACCAGACCAGCACCAUCUCUGCCCCCAGCUACGCCGCCCCCUCUGUCACUGCCUCCGCUGCCACUGCCUCCGCUGUUACUGUCUCCUACGGCACCAGCAACGGCACUGCCGUUGUCAAGCCCACUGGCAGCGCAACCCAGUCCGGCUCCACUCCCGAGUUCACUGGCGCCGCAUCCAGCCUGAGCGUCAACGCGCUCGUCGUUGCGCUCGUCGCUGGUGCCUCCUACCUCGCCCUGUGA